AUGGAGCCAGGCAAGAUGGCGUCCCCCAAGAGCACACCAAAAGAUGCCCAAGUGAUGGCCCAAAUCUUGAAGGAUAUGGGGAUCACAGAGUACGAACCAAGGGUCAUCAACCAGAUGCUGGAGUUCGCCUUCCGUUAUGUCACCACGAUUUUGGACGACGCCAAGAUUUACUCGAGCCACGCCAAGAAACCAGCAGUGGAUGCGGAUGAUGUGCGGCUGGCCAUCCAAUGCCGGGCCGACCAGUCGUUCACGGCGCCCCCGCCGAGGGACUUCCUGUUAGACAUAGCCCGGCAGAAGAACCAGACCCCACUGCCGCUGAUCAAGCCCUACUCGGGCCCUCGACUCCCGCCAGACCGCUACUGCUUAACGGCGCCCAACUACCGGCUGAAGUCGCUGCCCAAAAAGGUGCCCUCCGCGGCGGGCAGAAUCACCGUGCCCCGACUCAGCGUAGGCGCCGUCAGCAGCAGGCCCGGCACCCCGACCCUAGGCGCGCCCUCUUCAGCGCCUGCAGUGGCCGUGGCCGCUGAUGUCGCGACCCCGCUGUCCCUGGCCGGGCAGAGGUUCACCGUGCAGAUCCCGGCCUCCCAGAGCCCCGCGGUCAAGGCCGCGAUGCCCGCGGCGCCCUCGGUGCAGAAUGUUCUGAUCAACCCCUCCCUCAUCGGGUCCAAGAAUAUCCUCAUCACCACCAACAUGGUGUCAUCAUCGUCGUCGUCUUCGUCGUCGUCCUCUUCCUCCUCCUCAUCAUCGCAGAGCACCCCAGCUGAGUCCUCGAAUUCAUUGAAAAGGAAACACGAAGAGGAUGACGACUAUGACAAUUUGUAAAGGACAGAAGCCGGGUCUGGUAUCGUAUCAAAGGAUAACCAUUUCCAGUUCCUUCAGUUAUCCUCAUAUGACAUAGACUCAAGACCCUUCACCAACAUGCUUGCUCUUUGGAAGACCUCCUGCUUAUCAAUACCCUUCCUAAACUGUGGUGCCAUGGAGAAACCAGCUUCCAGCAGAAUUCUUGAUAUUAUUGAUGCUCCCUGAAAUGUUGUUUCCUUUGGAAAAUAAGUAUUUCAUUUCUUUUGCUUAUUUGAAAAAAAACAAGUAUUCCUCUUCUCAGAACUAGAUCCCUAUCUUGCUGUUGCCAAUGUCACGAAUCUCAUCCAAAUGAAUGUCUUCAAAUAGCCUUUUUCACAGGUAACCACAUCAUGCUCUGGAUGGAUACAAAAUUAUAGCAGCCCAGUUUUCAGAGAGAAGCUUUGUGGUGGCAUGGAGAUGACCCUUGGUUUUUUUUUUGUUUGUUUGUUUGUUUGUUUUUUUACCUCUUCUGUCUUGGAAUCAAUUCCAAGAUUGAUUCCAAGACAGAAGAGUAGUAAUGCCUAGGCAACUGGGGUUAAAUUGCUUGCCCAUAGUCAUCCAGCUAGGAAGUAUCUGAGGAUAGAUUUGAAUCCAAGACCUCCCUACUCUAGGCCUGGUUGUAUAUCUGAGCUACUUGGCUGCCCAAUCUUUUUUUUUUUUAAGGCAAAUAAACAAAUUCUGGCAGUCCUUCCAACCUGGAAAGGCUUCAAAUAUGUCCUCAGAGAUAAACUAUCCCCCUGUCUGAGGACCAGCCCAGCUAAGUCAAAAGAUCAUCCUAAAUUUAUAAAAUGACCCUCUGCCCUGGGCAGCAGACAUAAUUUCCUUGGUUAUGGUGACAGAAUGGUAGGAAAGGGAGACUUUUAAGAAUCAGUUCUUACACUGUCUAGACAAUUUAACUGUUGUUUAGGUCUGCGAUCUUUGUUUACCAACCGAUAAUAUUGGAGGAACUGAGAUAUCCCAGAGCACAUUGUCAUUACAGAGAAACCAGAAGACGUGAAGCUAUUAAGUGGAAGGCUGGUUUCCAGCUUCUCAGAGUGGGGUGUGUUUCAUCAUGUGCCCAAAGGCAACAAGGAAAGUAGUUAUUCUGUGGGAUGUAACCUUAGAAAUUUUGUCUCUUCCUCCCCCAACUUGGGAGAGAAGUCACUGUAGGUUCAGAAUCUAAAUUUAGACCUAAAGGAAAAGUGGAUUGUUAAAAGCUAUAAAACUGCACAUAUCUUGUGAUCAAGUGAUUCCACAAUAAAGAAUAUAUUCCAAGGAAAUAACUGGGAAAAAAAAGUUCUUUUACAUAAGUGGUUAUAGCACUGUUUAUAAAAUUGGAAACAGCCCCAAUAAGCAAGAAUAGGGGAAUGGCUCAAUAACCUGUGGAUACUAAUAUACUAGUAGUUUGUAUUUAGAUAGCACUUUAUAGAGCACUUUCUUCACAGCCUAGUGACAAAGGAAGUUUACUGUUACUCCAUUUUCCAGAUGAUGAAACAGGUUUAGAUAUGUUGAGUGGUCAUACUGUUGGUAAAUGUCAGAUGUGGGACUUCACAAUUUUUUGGCUUUACAUCCAAUGUUCAUUCCACUAUGUGAUGAUUAUGAACUAUGUACAUUAUAUUGAAACACGCAAAUAGUGUAUGUGAAAUCAUGUUAAGAAAUAGACAAAAACAAAAUACACAAUGAUUACAACUCUUCAAAAAUGUACAUGGAUUUACACAGGUGGGAAGGAAAUAUGGAGGGAUGAAAAUUGCAUGUUCAUUCUCUUCUGUAAUGUUGCUUAAGUUCCUAAUAAAAAAAAAGUUACAAGAA